AUGAAUUGAACACACAAUCUCUCUCACCUUCCUCUCUCCCUCUCUCUCUAACAAUUAAAUUUGAUUGUACAGAUUCUUGCCAACUCGGAAAUUACAGUGUUGAUUGCUAUAUAUGUUCAGGUUUCUUCUCAUAAACGAGUUUUAAAAAAAAAGAAAGCACCUUUUUUCCAUUUCCUGCUUCCUUUGCGAUUGAGCCUUUGGUAAACCAUGGCUCUAAACUUGAUGUCUCCAACUGAUAUCAAGACACUGUCUUUCUUGGAUUCCUCCAAAUUGAGUUACAACCUCAAUCCUCUCAAGUUUCAAGGUGGAUUUGCUUUCAGAAGGAAGGAUAGUAGAUGCACUGCCUCAAAGAGAGUCCACUGCUCGGCACAGCCCGCUCCCCCUCCGGCUUGGCCCGGGCGAGCUGUUCCCGAGCCUGGUCGUAUGACUUGGGAGGGCCCGAAGCCCAUUUCGGUUAUUGGAUCCACUGGCUCCAUUGGAACUCAGACGCUCGACAUAGUUGCUGAAAAUCCUGAUAAAUUUAGAGUCGUAGCACUUGCUGCUGGUUCAAACGUCACCCUUCUUGCUGAUCAGGUGAGGGCUUUCAAACCCAAAUUAGUAUCUGUUAGAGAUGAGUCAUUGGUUAGUGAGCUCAAAGAGGCUUUGGCUGAUGUUGAAGACAAGCCAGAAAUCAUUCCGGGAGAGCAGGGAAUGGUCGAGGUUGCACGACAUCCAGAUGCUGUUACUGUCGUCACAGGAAUUGUUGGAUGUGCAGGCUUGAAGCCGACGGUGGCUGCCAUAGAAGCUGGAAAAGACAUAGCUUUGGCCAAUAAAGAGACACUGAUUGCUGGAGGACCUUUCGUCCUUCCUCUUGCAAAAAAGCAUAACGUCAAGAUUCUUCCUGCAGAUUCUGAACACUCUGCUAUAUUUCAGUGCAUCCAAGGCCUGCCAGAAGGUGCUUUGAGGCGUAUAAUUUUGACUGCAUCCGGUGGUGCUUUUAGGGAUUUGCCGGUUGAGAAAUUGAAAGAAGUUAAAGUAGCUGAUGCUCUAAAGCAUCCUAACUGGAAUAUGGGAAAGAAAAUCACAGUAGACUCUGCAACCCUGUUUAACAAGGGUCUAGAAGUUAUAGAAGCUCACUAUUUGUUUGGGGCCGAAUAUGAUGACAUUGAGAUUGUUAUUCAUCCUCAAUCUAUCAUACAUUCGAUGAUUGAAACACAGGAUUCAUCUGUGCUAGCGCAAUUGGGAUGGCCCGACAUGCGUCUACCUAUUCUCUACACCUUAUCGUGGCCAGAAAGAAUCUACUGCUCCGAGAUCACAUGGCCUCGCCUCAACCUGUGCAAUGUUGACCUAACAUUCAAGAAGCCCGACAAUGUCAAAUACCCGUCGAUGGAUCUAGCUUAUGCUGCUGGACGAGCAGGAGGCACCAUGACCGGAGUUCUUAGUGCAGCCAACGAGAAAGCAGUUGAAAUGUUCAUCGACGAGAAAAUUGGUUACCUUGACAUAUUCAAGGUUGUGGAGCUGACAUGCGACAAGCAUCGAGCAGAGAUGGUGUCAUCGCCUUCGUUGGAGGAGAUCGUCCACUACGACCUGUGGGCACGUGAGUACGCAGCUGAGGUGCAACGCUCGGCCGGAUUGAGUCCUGCUCUUGUCUGAGAGGUUGAUGAGUAUGAUCAUCAACCAAACUUGUUCAAUUUUAUUUCCUUUUGUUCUGUUUAUCCCUUCUUGGUUUGGGGGGUAAUCAUUUAUCAUGAAAAGGAAAGGAAUCAUGUGACAAAAUGACCAUGAAAUAGAUCAAAAGAAAAUGGCAUGAUUUUGAUAUUCA